AUGCCCUUCUCUUCAGUCUUCCAAAAUGAGGUGUUCCUCCUCAGUCCAACCCUCUCCUCCGACAUUCGCGACCGCUUAUAUCGAGUCAUCAUGGCGGGAGGCGGCACGGUCAUCAGCGACGCGUCACGCCACGCGUCGCCGAUCAUCGUGAAAGCCCACGGCAGCACGGACCAAUCACACUCAUUAUCGCAUCCGUCGCAUCGCGUCGUCUCGUCGCAUUGGGUGUUCAGGUCGCAUCACGACAAUCGCUUGAUCGACCCCUCCUCCCAUCUCGUUCUCCGUCCCCUCCCCUGCACGAUCCCCCUCCCGGGAAUCCAAUCCUUCCAAUUCUGCGUAUCGCAAUACGGCGGCGCGCGCCGCAUGAACAUCCGCUGCCUCUGCAUCGCGCUCGGCGCGCUCCAUACAGAGAAGAUGGACCGUCGGACCUCGCAUCUCGUCUGCUCCGUGGCGUCCGGCGACAAGUACGAAUGCGCGAUGCGGUGGGGUAACGUGGCGGUGGUUACCGAGGAGUGGCUGCACGCGUGCGUGCGAGCCAAUGGGAUCGCGCCAACUGGACCGUUUCACCCCCCGCCGCCGAGUCUGAGCCAGCUGGAGGGGGGGCGGUUUGCCGUCACCCAGGGGGGCGCGCUUGCCGUGCGGAGGGGAGAGGCCGCGGGGAGAGGGGAGGAUGUGGGGAGGGGAGAAGUCGCCGGGAGGGGAGAAGUCGCCGGGAGGGGAGAGGCUGCAGGGAGGGAAGAGGCUGCGGAGAAGGGAGAGGCUGCGGGGGAGGGAGACGCUGUGGGGAAGCGGAAGGCUGAGGGGAAAGUCUGGGGGAAGUUGGAGUUCCCGGGGCGAAGGGACGGCGAAAUCUCACAUGAAGGGGGGUUGGCAAGGACACCGGCAGCAGGGAACGUUGCAGGGGCACGAAGGGGGGAGUCAGGGGUAGCAAGGGUAGGAGAGGCAGUAGAGGGAAGAGAUGCUGUGGGAGCAGUUGCGACCGCGGCGGAUGAAGGAAGGGGAUGGAAGGAGCCGGAUCAAAUGGAGUGGAUGGCGAAAGCAGGGCGAAAUGAGUGGCUGUCAGGGGGUGAUGGGGUUACCAGGGACGGCGACAGGGGUGAUGGGGCAGUGCGCGAGGGGAAAGGGGAUCAUGGGGCUAUGGUAAGCGUCAGGAAGGACGGGGAUGUACAGGAGAGGAAUCCCAAGAAUCAGGAGGAUGAAGGGAAUGAGGAGAAGGAUGAAGGGAAUGAGGAUAAUGAGGGGAGCAAGAGGAAGAGAGCAAGGCCGAUGGAGGAGAGAAGAGGCUUUGCGGCAGAGGGAGUAGCUGGGAGGAUGGUGGGGAAUGGCGUGGUGGUGAGUGCGGAAGAAAGUCGAUUUUCCAGCCCGAACCAUCCCAUUGCUGCUGUGACCUGUGUGUCCGCCCCUGGCGUAUACACUACUGCUGACGCAUCCCCUGCUGCUGCAGCCUCUGCUGCUGCUGUGGAGCGAAGAGUGGGAGGUGGAGAAUCGAGGCAGAGGGAUGAGGAAGUGGAGCAGACAACGGUAAAGGAGGGUGUGGAAAGGUGUGCAGUGGAAGCUGCAGGCAGUGGAAGCGCCACAGCUGCUUCUAACAGGUCCAAAAAAGUUUUUCCUGGGUGGGUGGGGACUAAUGGUGUCGAUCACGCCGAUGAGAGCGAUCUUGAUAAGAAUGCCGAUCAAGGGACUCUCUGUGACACUUCCAGAGGGGAUUGUGGUGAGCGCAGGGGGGACACGGAGGGUGCUGGUAACCAUUAUGAUGGAAAUACUGGUGGUGACGGUGCUGGUGAUGAUGGUGGUAACCGCAACGUGUGUAACACCGGUGAACGCACAGCAGGGGGUGGUGCAGGCGGGGAAGAUGGAGCAGGGGGAGAGGGAACAGGGGCUGACGCGGCUGGUGCUGUUGAUGAAUUGGCCAAUGAGGGGGAUCUGGCGUCGGCCAUUGAGACUCUUAUCACCUCCACCUCUGGGAUGCACGGAGAAAGGGCAAUCUCCACUAUUUACCCCGAAAAUGGCAGGAGCUUUCACAGCAGCAGCCAGGGGAGUCACGGGGGUGUCACGGGAACAGCGGUUGCCGAUCCAGCCGCCAAGGGAACUUCUCGGAAGGCUCCGCUUUCUCAAAUUAAGGGGCAGGCGCUUGUGCUGUCGCAUCAGAGCCGGGGAAAGAAUAGGGUGGGCGUGGGAACGGGGUUUGGAGCUCGGUUGGGAGCGGUGCUUACAGGUAAGGUGCACUGUGGGAGCACAGAGCAGCAUGAGAGGCAAAGUGGAGUUGCUCGUCCAGAGGGAUGGGAUAACGCCCGCAACAAGUUGACAGGCGGUGGAGGGGACUCUAUGAAAAUAGCAAACGAGGAGGUUUCAAAGAGUCAGCUUAGUGGGGCAGGUGGGAUUGAGGUGGGGGGGAGGGAUAGUGCAGGGAUUGAUAGUGGUGGAAUGGAUCUGCUUCUGAUGACCCAACCAGCUUCGGAGGUGGUUUCGUAUUCAUGUCGUGACGGGCACAGGGAUGCGGUGAUAGCUCAGGUGAAGGAGCAUGUGAGGAGACUCAAAAGCAGUGCCGGGAGUGGCAGCAUCUGUGGGAGUGGUUCUGGAGGGGGAGGGGCAGCAGGAGCGGGAGGGAGGGCGUGGAGGGAUGCUGUUGGCGUGUUGCCGUAUCUGCAAGGAUUGCUGCGAGCAGCAGGUGCCACUGCAGAGAUUGUUGUGGAGUCUCCAACUGAUUGA